AUGAAAGUUAAUUGUGCUGUUAUAGGAUGUAUCAAUAGUUCCUAUAAGCUAGAAAAACUGAAAAAUAAAACGUGUUUUCAACACGAAGGGAAGAUAUUAUCCGAGUGUGGAUGUGAGUUACCAUUCCGAAUGUUUUGUUUCCCAAGUUUAAAGAGAAAUAGCGAAAUAAGAAAACACUGGAUUAGUCAGCUUAGACGAGAAGGAAAGAAGAAAGGAAGUGCAUGGGAACCUGGAACUGCUGAUAGAGUAUGCUCUGAUCAUUUUGUUGAUAAAAUACCAACUGUUAUGAACCCUAAUCCAACAAUAAAUAUGGGUUUUGAUCAACCUGUACAAAAAAAAGCUAGAAGAACAUUAUUAAAGCACCCAAUCACUUCUUUACAUUGUUCUAAUAAAAUGCAGCCUGUAGAACCUUUGUUGACUGAAAAAAGUAAUGUCACCAAGUUUCCAAGUGUUAGUUUUAAUGCAGAUGUUUUGUCACCUAUAUUAUCAGACCAUACCUAUUCAAUGAGUUUACCACUACCUAAUAAAUGUACUUCAUGUGAAUACAAAUCUUCGCUUAUCACCUCUUACAGAGGCCCAAAACAUUCACAUAGCAAAGUUAAGCAACUCAAAUCUGUAUCUAAAUGUAAACUGUUAUCACACAGAGAAGAACUUUUAAUGACACUUAUGCGGUUGCGCUUAGGUUUAUUAAAUGAAGAUAUGGCUGAUCGUUUUGGUAUUUCAAAAUCUUUGUGUUCUAAUACUUUUACAACUUUUAUUAGAAUUAUUGCUAAUAUUCUUGGACAAGCUAUUAUUGUUUGGCUGCCAAGUGAAGUCAUAAAAAAAAACUUGCCACAGUCUUUUGUGAAAGCAAAGCAUCACAAGUGUAGAGUGAUUCUUGAUUGUUUUGAAAUAUUUAUUGAACGUCCAAAGUCCCUUUACAACCAAGCAGUGACUUGGUCUGAUUAUAAGCAUCACAACACUGUGAAAGUAUUAAUUGGUAUAGCACCAAAUGGAUACAUAACGUUUCUAUCCAAAUGUUACGGUGGCAGAUCAUCAGAUAAAUUUAUUACAAGUGACAGUGGUUUUUAUGAUCUGUUGGAAAGAGACGAUGAGGUGAUGGCAGACAGAGGAUUUCAAAUAAGAGAAGAACUAUUAUUUUGUUAUUGCAGCUUAUCAGUCCCACCAGGUGCAAGAGUAAAAAGUCAAAUGACUGCAAGUGAAUGUAAGAAGACUACUGAUGUCGCUAACUUAAGAAUUCACAUAGAAAGGGCUAUAAACAGAAUAAAAACUUUUCGAAUAUUAAAAAAUGUAUUACCUAUUUCAAUGCUUCAUCAUAUGGAUGAUAUUAUUUUAUCGUGUGCAGCUUUGUGCAAUUUAAAGCCUGCUUUAAUAAAAAAAAUCGUUUAA